UACGAUCAUAGACAACGCCGAAGAAACCAUGUUACAUCUCCCCUCUGAUCGUUUUUUCUGAGGCCGAAAAAGCAAACUAACUCUGAUACUGCUGUGUUUCACUGCCAAUGACGGAAGACGGAAAGGGAAGCCGAAGCCAUCUCUGCACAACAAAUUAGGGUUUCAACAUUGAGCAGUCCCUUUUUCUUCACCAAAGAGAAAGCCUUGGUUUAGAUGAGUUGGUCUCAACAAUGGGUUCUGAUUCCAAUUUGGGAGGGUCGCCCUCAGCAUCUUCGCCCAGUGCCAAGCGCACCAGAGAUCCCGAAGAGGAAGUUUAUCUCGACAAUCUUCGCUCUCACAAGCGUUACCUAAGCGAGAUAAUGGCAUCCAGUCUCAACGGAUUGACAGUUGGAGACUCACUUCCUGAUAAUCUCAUGGAAUCUCCAGCAAGGUCUGAAAGCAUGUUCUCUUUCAGAGAUGAUAUGUCUUUACAAUAUUCACCGAUGUCAGAAGAUUCAGAUGACCUAAGGUUUUGCGAGACCCCUGUGCACAGUUGCUCAUCCCAACCGGACAGUCUUCCCAGUAGUCCAGUUUCUCCACACAGGUACCAAAGACCACAGAAUGCAUUGCCUUCAGCACCUUCUUCAAGUUCAAAUGCCUCUUAUGGCUCCACCAUUGCUUGCCCCCAGCCUCGUCAGCGAGGGUCGGAUUCUGAAGGCCGCUUCCCAUCAUCCCCAAGUGAUAUAUGCCACUCAGCUGACUUGAGAAGAGCUGCACUUCUAAGAUCUGUGCAGAUGAGAACACAGCCUCCUGGCCCUGCAUCUUUGGACCUGCCUUUUGUUUCUAACCAAGAGUCUGCUCCUAACAUAGAUCCUGAGGAAAGAUCUUGCUCAUAUAUGAAAUCUCUGGUUGACGAGAGAGAGUAUUGAGAGUUCAUCAAUGGGUAUUCCGUAACCCCGAUUUCAACCUUGGUCAUGGUAUUACGCCGUGCAGGUCUUAAUGUGUUUGGAAGGUUAACUUGCUAUAUUGGAGAAUUGUCUCAGUAUCACUAUCCAGCGUCUCCUAGUACGAGAUGGUUGCUUGUGUUAGUCUUGGUCUUGUUUAUGGGAUUUUGUUCCUCCAGCUGCUCUCUAGUAAAUUAUGCGUACAGUCCUGUGCCUCCGGAAUUUUACUUUAUUAUAAUUUUCAUUCGAGAUAGUUGAUUAUUGCGUUCAUUUCUUAUAAUUUAUAGGCUUAAACAACUUUUAAGUCCAUAUAAUAUAAUAUAAUUUUUAUUUUUAGUCCUUCA